UGAUGAUACAUUUUGGUUUCUAUGCCUGCAGCGGUACCCGCUAAGCUCACACCCUUGCGCGCUCACCUCCUCUCCUUGCUGAAAGAAUGCCGAACCGUGGACCAUCUCAAGCAAAUCCACUCCCUUCUCGUCACAUCCGGCCUCCCCGGAGAUGCCUUCCCGACCGCCAAAAUCCUCCAUCUGGCCUCCCUCUCCCUCCCCGCCGACAUCUCCUACGCCUCUCUCAUCUUCCAUCAAAUAUAUAGACCCCACGUCUCUCUCUAUAACACCAUCCUAAGAGGCUACUCCUUGCGUUCCCACCAUGUUAAAGCCAUCAAUCUUUACUCCCAAAUGCUUCGAGAUGGAGUUUUUCCUAACGAGCACACAUACCCUUUGGUCCUCAAAGCCUUCUCCAGAUCUCAAAACGAAAAUCCAAACCAGAUCUAUGCCCAAAUCUCGAAACUUGGGUUUGAUAAUGACUCCUUUGUACAGAAUUCUUUGGUCGCGGUUUAUGCUAAAGCUGGUGACUUUGGCUCUGCUCGUAAGCUGUUUGAUGGAAUUCGUAAUAGAGAUUUUAUCUCUUGGACGGCCAUGGUUCAUGGGUAUGUGGAUAAUGAUCGACCGGUGGAGGGUCUAGCUCUUUUUGCUGAGAUGAAGUCCGUGGGUGUUGAGAUUGAUGAGGUGAUCGUUGUGAGUGUCCUUAAGGGUGCUGCUAUGGUUGGGAAUAUUUGGCUUGGGAAAUGCAUCCAUGGCUUCUAUGUGGAGUGUGGGAGGGUGAAGUGGGAUGCAUACAUAGGUGGUGCACUUGUGGAUAUGUAUGCUAAAUGCGGCUAUUGUGAUCAUGCUAGAAGAUUGUUUGAAGAAAUGCCUUGUAGAAAUGUUGUCUCUUGGAGUGCGUUGAUUGCUGGCUAUGUUCAGUGUAAUGAGUUCAUAGACGCUCUAUCUUUCUUCCGAGAUAUGCUUGUCAGAGGUAUGAAACCAAAUCAAGUGACACUAGCUACUGUGUUGACCGCCUGUGCGCAGCUGGGGGCAUUGGAUCAAGGGAGAUGGAUUCAUAGUUACAUAGAAAGGAACAAGUUAGAACUGAAUUCCAUUCUUGGAACAGCAUUGAUAGACAUGUAUGCUAAAUGUGGUUGCAUAGAUGAUGCAUUCAUGAUCUUUCAUGUAAUACCUGAAAAGGAUGUGUACCCAUGGACCGCCUUGAUCAGUGGAAUGGCGAUGCACGGACGUGCCUCGGAGUGUUUGGAUCUCUUCUUGCAGAUGGUAAAGGAAAGGGUGCAACCUAAUGAGGUUACCUUCAUAGGUGUUCUUUGUGCAUGUUCUCAUGGGGGAUUGGUAGAUCAAGGGCAAAGUUAUUUUGACUGUAUGAUUAAGGACUGUGGGAUCAGUCCUAAGUUAGAGCACUAUGGCUGCAUGGUUGAUCUAUUAGGGCGAGCUGGACGGUUACGCGAAGCAUUAUGUUUGAUAGAAAGCAUGACUAUGGAGCCAAGUGCUGGCAUAUGGGGAGCUUUGCUUAAUGCUUGCAUGAUCCACAAAAAUUUUGAGUUGGGUGAAAGCAUAGGGAAGCAUCUUGUUAGAAUGGAGCCUCAUCACAGUGGUAGAUAUGUGCUCUUAGCGAACAUCUAUUCUCUGUCUCGCAAGUGGGAUGAAGCUGCCAAUCUAAGGAGGACCAUGAAGGGAAGAAGUGUGGAGAAGACUAGAGGAUGUAGUUGGAUAGAAGUAACUGGUGCUAUACAUGAAUUUGUUGCCUUUGGCGAGUCGCAUUCAGAAUCCAAGAACAUAUAUGAAACUUUAGAUGGAUUGACCGAGCUGAUAAAGUUGGAAGGCUAUGUUCCUGAUAGCCAUCAAGCUUAAUUUGAAAUGGAUGCAGGAUGAGCCUGAAGCUUGACAAUCAUUAUUAAUUCUCUAUCAGUUUUGUCAUCAAUAUUUUUCUGGUCUUUCUUUAGCUUCAAAAUGCUUCAUUAGUCUUUCGCUGAGGGGUAAAAAAGGCCCGCCUCAAUUUGGUGGAGUAUUUUGGCCAGCAUUUUUUAAUCAUCUCA